AUCAUCCUCUCCAACGACAACCUGACGGUGACGUGCAACAGCUACGACGACAGGGUGGUCAUGGGUAACUCCGGCUUCUCCCGCGGUGUGCACUACUGGGAGAUCACGGUGGAUCGCUAUGACAACCACCCGGACCCUGCGUUCGGGGUUGCUCGGGUUGACGUGCUGAAGGACGUGAUGCUGGGAAAGGACGACAAGGCCUGGGCCAUGUAUGUGGACAACAACCGCUCCUGGUUCAUGCACAACAACUCACACACCAACAGGACGGACGGGGGCGUCAGUGAAGAGGCUACGGUAGGAGUGUUGUUAGACUUCACCAGAGGGAUCCUCAUCUUCCUCAUCAACGACGAACAACAGGGUCCUGUGGCCUUCGAAGGCAUCGAGGGGCUCUACUACCCUGCUGUCAGCCUCAACCGCAACGUACAGGUGACCCUGCACACUGGCCUGCCCAUUCCUGACUUCUACACUCCAGAGGAAGCAGACCUGUCUGGCUCAGUGUGUUAAGGAGUUGACUCAACACAGCAGUGAAUGAAGACAAGACAAGGGCUGUGUACCAAAUGGCACCCUAUUCCCUAUAUAGUGUGCUACUUUAGACCAGGGCCCUAUAGAACCCUAUUCCCUAUAUAGUGCACUACUUUUAACCACAGCCAUAUAGGGACUUUAUAAGGAAUAGGGAGCCAUUUGGUACUCAGAAAGGCACCAGGCUGCUCAAAUUUACGUCCCAAAUUGCAUCCUAUUCCCUAUAUUUGGCACUAUUUUUGGCCAGACUUGUGCCGAAAGUAUUAUAUUACAUAGGAAUAGGGUGGGAUUUCAGAUGUACCCUAGAGGGUUAAUUUAACUCACAACACUGCUCCCUGCUAUAUACUGCUCCCCUUUCCUCUAUAGACCAACCAGCCGCAUCGUCUCACAUCAGACAGCAAUCUUUGCCUGUCGAUCGCGGGACUAGUGUUGGAGUGACGUCGACUGACAAUGCUCCUGACCCCUGAACUCUACAGAUCACCAGACGGUCCAGACCCAUAGCCUUUGACUGUACAGUACAAGACUCUCAAUACUGAGCCAUACAUGUAUAUACUGCUCCGUAACCAUGGACACUCAGCCAUACAUGUAUAUACUUCUCCGUAACCAUGGACACUCAGCCAUACAUGUAUAUACUGCUCCGUAACCAUGGACACUCAGCCAUACAUGUAUAUACUGCUCCGUAA